UCAUUUCGCUCAACCAUAACCUAAGCUACACUGCCAAAAAAAAAAAAAAAAAAAAAGAAUACUACAUCAACAUUAACAUGUUACUUUUAGAAGCAAAUUUGUCGGCUACAAAUUCUUAUAUGGAGUCGACAUUUGGUUCGCGCCAUCUCCAAAGUCCGCUUCCUAGGUAUAGUAUGCCUAAUAAGUCGAUACCAAAGGAGGCAGCAUACCAAAUAAUAAACGAUGAGCUGAUGUUGGACGCUAAUCCACGUUUGAAUUUAGCGUCGUUUGUGACGACAUGGAUGGAACCCGAGUGCGACAAGCUUAUGAUGGAUGCCAUGAACAAGAACUAUGUAGACAUGCAUGAAUAUCCUGUUACUACCGAGCUUCAGAAUAGGUGUGUGAACAUGAUAGCAAGGCUCUUCAAUGCUCCUCUUGAAGAAUCAGAGAUGGCUAUCGGAGUUGGAACUGUAGGCUCAUCCGAGGCCAUAAUGUUAGCCGGGCUGGCCUUCAAGAGACGGUGGCAGAACAAGCGCAAGGCUCAAGGCUUACCUUAUGACAAACCGAACAUUGUUACUGGUGCCAAUGUUCAGGUGUGCUGGGAAAAGUUUGCAAGGUACUUUGAAGUGGAACUAAAAGAAGUGAAGCUAACAGAAGGAUACUAUGUGAUGGAUCCUGUUAAGGCUGUUGAAAUGGUGGAUGAAAACACCAUAUGUGUCGCCGCUAUUCUUGGCUCCACUCUCAAUGGAGAGUUUGAAGAUGUCAAGCUCUUGAAUGAUCUCUUGCUAGAAAACAACAAAAAAACUGGAUGGGAUACUCCGAUUCAUGUGGAUGCAGCAAGUGGAGGAUUUAUAGCGCCAUUUCUGUACCCAGAGCUAGAAUGGGACUUCAGACUUCCUCUGGUGAAGAGCAUAAAUGUGAGUGGUCACAAAUAUGGUCUUGUUUACGCUGGCAUUGGAUGGAACAUUUGGAGGAGCAAGGAAGACUUGCCUGGAGAGCUCAUCUUCCAUAUCAACUACCUCGGAACGGACCAGCCCACCUUUACUCUCAACUUCUCCAAAGGAUCAAGUCAAGUUAUUGCACAGUACUAUCAGCUGAUCCGGCUUGGUUACGAGGGAUACAAGAGUGUGAUGGAAAACUGUCAAGAAAAUGCGAUGGUGUUGAAGGCUGGACUCGAAAAGACGGGGAGAUUCAACAUUGUGUCUAAAGACAAUGGUGUACCACUAGUGGCCUUUUCACUUGAAGACAAUAAAUUGCACAAUGAGUUUGAGGUUUCGGAGAUGCUAAGAAGGUUUGGGUGGAUUGUCCCGGCCUACACCAUGCCAGCCGAUGCACAGCACGUGACAGUACUCCGUGUUGUGAUUCGGGAAGACUUCUCUCGAACCCUAGCCGAGCGGCUUGUUUUCGACAUCACCAAAGUGCUACAUGAGCUUGAUCAACUCCCUUCCAAAUAUGGUAACAUCAAAAAUCAUCAAGCUAAGGGAAAGAAUGGUGUUAUCAAUGCGCCUAAAAAAAGUGCCCUAGAGACACAAAGGGAGAUCGCGGAUGUGUGGCAGAAGUUUGUCAUCAAUCGGAAAACCGGAAAAGUCUGCUAACUAUUUCGGCUCUAUUAAGAGAUAUAUGUAUUUACUUGCAUAAUGUUCAUGUCUUGAACUAUCUUAUAUAUCCUAUGUUUUCCAAAUGUUCUGUUUUUGCUAAACCUAUUAUAACUUUUGACCUGAUUAUAGAGGAAAUAAAUAAACUGUUAAUUUCUUGG